UUAAUAAAUGAACAUGAUUAAUUUCAAACAAAAAAAAUCACGUUUUCAAAACAUAAACAUGAACCCAUUGAGGAAAAUUACACUAAAAAACACAGAAAAGUGCAUUAAACCAAAGAAACUUUAAACAAUUAGACUUAAAAUUAAAGAAAAAUACAAAAAAUUAAUGAAAAUAAACACUUUUGUAAUUAGAUGACCGUAGUUUUUAUAAUUUUGUUAUAAAAAUGGUAUUUAUAUGAAAAUGACAUCGGAGACAUUGAGAAAACAUUUUAUACAAAACUUAAAACAUGAAUAGAACCAGUAAGAGUAGAAUGUCUUAGAAAUGGUUUAGUGUCACAAGUAUUUAAACAGAAACCUUUAAUAUAAAUUAAUUAAUAUAAUGAUUUUAACUGGUAAUUAAAGAAGUGAAAGUGAAGUUGUGACGAAUUACAUUUUUAAUACAAGAAAUGUUUAUCAUUGUUUUUCUCUUAACAUUGUUAAGUAUACCAAGAGUAUUGUUAAAGCCCACCCUGGUUGAAAGCGGCGAAUUUGAUGAUACUGUACUGGAUGACGAGACAAGAGCUAAACGUCAAGCACAAUUUUUUGAACUUUUACAUCAAGCCAUUGAAAAAUAUGCCAAUUGUGCCAAUGAACAUUUGGCUCCAUUAAGAGCUUUGGCUAAUUACAAACAAUAUGAGACUUUUGUAUAUCCUGAGGGUUAUAGCCAAUCAUCACAGCCCAUAGUGGGGGCUACAAAUAAUCGUAACAAACCCAAGGUAAAGUGUACAAAAGUUAAUUUGUGUUCUAUACAACAACCACAAGCUCACUCCAAGCUAAAGUAUAAUUCAAAGAGUCCCACAUUGUUGGGCAGACCUCAGGAACCAAAAACGCAGGUUGCCCAAGCAAAUCGUCGAUAUUUUCCUUAUAAUCCAAAUGUUAGAUUACCUUCAUAUGGAAGUAACCGUCCAAGGAAUAUGCCACCUGCAUAUAGCCCCGUUAGUAAGAAUUUCACUUACUUUCCAUUUAAUCGCACUCUUUUCAACCAAUUAUUAUAUGGACCUUCACUUGCCAAUAGAAAAGGAAUUAUUAUAACUCCUACACAAAACCCCAAAGAUGAAACGAUAAAUACAAAACCUGGAACAGAAAAUAAAAGCUGUGAUUGUACCAAAAGAACCACAGAAAACCCACCAACUACCCACGACAAUUUAAAGCAAGAAACCCCAAUAAAUAGUGAAAAUAAACAGGGAACUGAAAAAUCGUCUACCACAACAACAACAACAGAAGCGGGACCUAUUGUGGGCAGUAUUCAGGAUCAGUCAGCAAAAACUAUAAAACCUAAAAGCUGUGGUUGUUUGAAAAAGACUACAUCAAUAGCACAAACCCAACCGAUUUUAACUCUAACAUCAACAGAACGAGAUCCUCUCCUAGGAAAAUCAAAUGAUAAAAUAAGUGCUUCGAAGCAGAUUCAUAACUUUUUCAACACAAAACUUGCCACAGAUAAACUCGCCCAUAUAGGAAUGAAAGAUCCUUACUCAAAUCAAAAUUUAAAUUUAUUAUUUUUACAAUUGGAUAUUAUGGCUCACAAUGAGAGUAAAGAGGAUCUAAAGCAGAUUCUACAAAAAUUAAAUGCUUUGAAAUCAGCCUUAAAAAUAACAGAAUCUACUGAUGACAAAACGAAAACAACUAAAGCUUUUUCCACCAGCACCAUGGCGCCCAUAAGUACAACCAGUCCUACAACUUUAAAAUCAACAAGAUCGACAUUAACAACAACUAAAGUACACGAUUCACCAUUAGUGGGGGCUAAAGAGCCUGAACUUACUGCAACAACAAUUAAAGUUCAAGAAUCAUCUGUAGUUACACACACAGAACCAGAAUUACUGUCAACAACAGUUCAAGCUCAACAGCCCUCUCUUUUGACCACUAAAGAUCCCGAUGUUUUUAGCACAACAAUGAAAAUACAGGAAUCGACUCAAACAUCAACUAAAGAACCUGAAAUUGUUACAAAAAUUGUGGAAGAUUUAAAUAAAAUUGAGAACCAAAAUAACGUUAAAACACUUAAAGAAGCCCCAAAUUUGCAACUCCAUAAACCGAGUAAUUUAAAUAAUGCCCAAACCAAACAAACAGAAGCCAUUUUAAAAACAGAAAAUUCUAAGAAAGAAUCCAACGAAAACAUCGUCAAUAACACUCCCAGUACACCCCCAAUAAAGACCACCCUGAAAUCGGAAAAGAACUCCUCUCCACUGCUAAAAGCAAUAGAAGAUUUCUCCCAGAAAUUAAAUCUCAACCAGGAUGAGGACAUUACCGCAGUGACCAGUUCACCUCCCCUACAAUUGAAUAUAACAAGUUCCAAAGAUUUAGCACGCAUAACCAAUCAAAUGCAUACUAUAGUGACCUCCACGGCUAAUAAAACAAGUCAGGGAAGUACCCAACAACAACAUAAUAAAUCGGGGGAUGUAAUGAUUAUUAAAAAAACUAUUACAAAUAAGAAAACUUUUAGCACUAAUAAUGCGAAUAUUACUAUACCACAUGUAGUUCCAAAUACUCUUAAACACACGAACAAUGGUUCCUUUUCUAAUUCCACAAUAACCAUUUCCAUCUCCAGUAAUGGCAGUUUUAAGAAAGUACAAGUAGAGCAGCAGACACCGAGUGAUAAAAAUUUGGAAAUUAAUGAAAAGGAAAAUAUGAAUAUGGGUAAUUCCAAAAUUCAUUCUAUUGAUAUGAAGGCAACUGACAGUCGUUAUGUAAAAUAUAUUCAAAAUCCACAAAGAAAAGAUUCUUAUACCGAACCCAUUUUAUCAGAAAUAUAUCCCGUUAAUUCUAAAUCAAAAACUAAACCUCCUUUAAGUCUUUACUGGCAUAAAAUUGAAGAGAAACCUUUGAAGGCAAAGCAAGUUCCCAAUAAGGUUUUUAAGAUAUUUCAAUCAGAUGAUUAUGAUGACGAUGAAGACGAAAACGAAGACAACGACAGUGAGGCCGAAGAGAAUCUAUCCAUAUUGUUAAAAGAAUGUAACGAUUUCGAUGACAUAACCGAUUAUGAUGAAAGUGAUAGUGAGGAGGAUGAUCAUAAAACACGAUUUCGAGAUUUAUGCAGGCAUAUUACUUAUCUUACGUGAUUUUGUUAUUGAUUUAAGGAAUACUAUUUUGAAAAUUUUUAAAACUUAAUUUGAAUUUAUUUAAAAGCAUUUAAAUUUUGAAAAAUGUCGAUGACUCAAUAAAUGGU